AACUUGGAAAAAAAAUAAGUGUUAAACUCUGCGGCCCCGGCCACGUCUUUCUCUGUGCUGCGGGUGACAAAGGAGCAGGCCAACGCAGACGCGGGUUCCAGCGGAUUUAAAAUUAGGAACGUGUGCGAGGGACAUUAUGCGGCUGAACAAUUUACCUUCAGAAGAUGGACGGGGACAGCUCAACCACAGACGCCUCCCAGCUGGGCAUCACAGGGGAGUACAUGGCGUCCGGCCACUAUGUCCUCCAACCCCAGGAUGAUGAUGGCGAGGAGAAUAUGAACGACCACGAAGACGGCGGCACCAAGGAGAACUACAGGGAGCAGGACAUCUACCUCCCUAUUGCCAAUGUGGCUCGCAUCAUGAAGAAUGCCGUUCCACAGACUGGAAAGAUUGCCAAAGACGCCAAAGAGUGCGUGCAGGAGUGCGUGAGCGAGUUCAUCAGCUUCAUCACGUCUGAAGCCAGCGAGCGCUGCCACCAAGAGAAGAGGAAGACCAUCAACGGGGAGGACAUCCUGUUCGCCAUGUCCACGCUGGGCUUCGACAUGUACGUGGACCCCCUCAAGCUCUACCUGCAGAAGUUCAGAGAGGCAAUGAAGGGGGAGAAGGGGAUAGCGGGGGUGGCAGUGGGAGAGAGCCUGGGCGAGGACCUGACAGAAGACAGCUUCACGAAUCAGCUUCCAACUGGGAUUAUCACAGAUGGUCAGCAGCAGAACGUCAUGGUAUACACCACCUCAUAUCAACAGUUCACAACGAUUCCCACUGUACAGCAGAUCCAGUUUUCAUGACGAGCACCAACGCCAAGCCCAAAUGCUGGGGUUUUACUCGGGGGGCACGUGCUCCCCCGAUGACUUCUGAUCCUACCACUGGGAACGGCUGUCAAAUAGAAAGGAAGGGAAGCGUCGGCAGAAGUCCUCGUGUACAGAGAAAUCACUACCUGUUUAGUAGAGUGUGUCGUAUCUAGUUGUGAGGUACCAAAUGUUUUGGAGAACUCCCAAGUCAGCUGGGAAAGACAAGGCUUUAUUUUAAAAACUCGUCCUCCUACUUGGGUUAGUGUUGAAUUUUGUUUGUGCUUGUGUAUUAAUGUUUGUGUUUAUGCAUUUUGAUGUAUCGUGGGGGGUGGGGUGGGUUAGAGAGGAUUUACUUAGGGAGGGAUUAUUUUUUUUUUUUUUUGAGCGUUUUUUUUUUUUUUUGAACGUUUUGUGUUCAGAAGGAGCCACCUUGUUACCGCCUCAUCAGAACAAGCAGCAGCUCUUUUGGAAGUGAACACAUUUUACCCAUGUGGUUUAAUGUAAUGGAAACCUUUUGAAUAAAAAUUCAAAAGCGA